UUCUCUAUCCACUCACUCCUGAAAAGAAGGGUUGAUCCUUGACCACAAAUUUUAAAAAGCUAUAAAUUAUAUAUAUCUGUUUCCUCAGGUGAAGUUUGCUAGAAAUUACGUCUUAAGAAAAAUUUAUUCUUAUUUUACUUCAAAUAAUUUGGUGAUAUUAAUUGUGAUGGAAGGAGGAAAGGCAGUGGGUCCAAUUAGUGAAGUGGAAUGGGUGGUUGUGAAUAGUAUUUCCGAUGAUUUCUCUGAAUCAAAUUCUUCUUCUUCUUCUUCUACAGACAUGGUAGAUGAUGAUAUAUCGUCUUCUUUUGGGCCUUUGUAUGAAUUGUCUCAACUCAUGGCUCAACUUCCCAUCAAAAGAGGGUUAUCAAAGUAUUAUGAAGGGAAGAGUCGUUCAUUUGGGCGUUUGGGAAGUGUGAUGAGCCUUCAAGAUGUUGCAAAGGAAGGGAAGAGAAUGAAGUCAAGUAAGAGCAUUACAUCAUCAUUUGCUCCAAAACCUACUAUUAAAAAAAAGUCUUAUUCAACAAAACAUAUCUUAUGAUCUAACUCUCCUAUUUCUUUACAAACAAAUUUCUAGUAUUUAAUUAAUUAGGAACUUUACCAAUACCAUGAGUUGUAAAUAUUCAAAGGAUAAUGAGGGAAGAGCUUUGCACCCGUGUAUCUCA